GCACCGCCUGGGGCUUGGCGCGUUUGCCCCAGAUUGGCAGAAGCCUGCUCGCUAUAAAAAGCCAUUUCUCCUGCUAAGAUUCUUUUCUCUCAGAUCGAUCUCAGUAGAGCACGAAGCAGAAUGCAAAAAGGGAUCAACACACCAGAGGAAGCCAGGGGAAGCGGGGGUGGCCGAGCUGGAGGGCUGCUGGCCGUCAAGUCAAAGAAGCGUCGAUUGGCACUCCACAUCCCCAACGCUUACCCUCGCCAGAUGUCGAGAAGCCCGCCCGCUGAGUCUCCUGGCGCAGCAACGACAUCCUCGGCAGCUGUGCAUCAGGAUCAGGCACAAGGACGGGCGCAAACACCGUUGCAGGAAGAGGUGGCGCCGAGGACGGCAACGGCAACGAUGACGCUCGCCAAGAUCGCAAGCACCUCAUCAACGAGCACCGACGCCUCGGCGGGCUCGCCUACCAAGGUUCCAGGCCAAGGGCAAGAGCCAAAAGCGCAGUCACUCUGGAGCGCAAUCUGGGGCAGCUAGGAGACGGCAUCUGCGGACG